CGAGAGGUAGAAGUAUGUAUACACCACUUCCCUUCCCCGAGAGAAGCUGUUUUGGAGCUCCAUCUCACAGAUCACCAUGUCAGGUCCCAUCACGGUCCGCAACCUGACCGCCCAGCCGCUCACCAUCAAGCUGGUCGAGCGGUAUGACAACCCUGGCUCACGUCGUGCUUCCGUCGAUCGACGUGCCUCUGUAGAAAAUGCCAGACCAGUCGACAAUUUCCGACGCAAGUCCAGUGCUGGCCUGGGAGCUCUGACGAAGAACCUCACGAAUUUGAUGAGCAAUGUUACUGGCGGUGGAGAGAGCCAUCCGCCUACAAGAGCCGAAUUGCCAGAUAAGGCCGAAAGCUUCGCCCAUAAUGAUGUGGACAUUCGUCUUGAGCCAUUCAGCACCACCAAGACCGAUAUCAAAGUCGCCGAGCGAGAUGCCAACGACAUCGUCCGUCUGACGCUCGAAGGCGAAAUGGGCGGCAGAUGGCGCGUAGAAGUCCCAACAAGAACAACUCUCACCGAAAAGCUCACCCCUCUCACACCCGAUCCCAAGCACGACUAUCGCGCCCUAUACCUCCAACAAUCCGCCUUCGUCGCCAUAAUCGAAGACUACAACCCCAAAGCCUGGAUGAAAGAAUUCCACGACGACACCUCUCUCGCCGCCCUCUCCAUCCCCGGAACCCACAACUCCCCAACCUACUACAAAGCUCUCCCGUCCGUCCGCUGCCAAGCCGUCUCCCCGCGCGAACAACUCGACAACGGCAUCCGCUUCUUCGACAUCCGCGUCCAACCCCAAAACGUCGAUGACAGCAAAAACGACGAACUCAACCUCGUCCACGGCGUCUUCCCCAUCUCCCUCACCGGCCCUAAAAAGUUCCGCGACCUCCUCAAUACCGUCCGCGAGUUCCUCAAAGAAAAUCCCUCGGAAACUGUAAUCUUCUCUCUCAAACGUGAAGGUUCUGGUGAAGCAACCGAUCAACAACUCUCCCAAAUUCUCCGAGACCACUACACCGGAUCCGCAAACACUGAAGCCCAAAAUAAAUGGUACACGAACCCGAAAGUUCCCAAGCUUGGCGAAGUUCGCGGAAAAAUCAUCAUAAUGCGACGUUUCGCCCUCUCCGAACGCAUAAAAUCCGAAUGGCAAGGCCGUGGCUGGGGCUUGAACGCCGAAAAUUGGGCUUACAAUACGCCGGACUGCACGUACGGAGACGUCCGCGUGCAAGAUUUCUGUGAAGUCUUGGAGACAGAAAAUAUCGAUAAGAAAAUCGGUCUCUGUUGCGAGCAUUUCGAACGAGCAGCAGAAGUUGUUUGUCCCGUUCCGGGCGUGACGACAGAUUCGACGAAUCCUGUUCCAGCGGGACCAUUGUAUGUGAAUUUUCUGAGUGCGAGUAAUUUUUGGAAAGUGGGGUGUUGGCCCGAUAAGAUUGCGGCGAAGUUGAAUCCUGCUGUGACGAGUUUCCUGGUGGAGAAGCAUGAUAUUGGGGAUAAGGGGGCAGAUGGGGCGGGGGAGAAAGUACAAGGUGAUGGGGGGGUGGGGAUUGUGGUUUGUGAUUGGGUGGGGAAGGAUGGGGAUUGGGAUUUGAUUAGGGCCAUUGUGACGAUGAAUAGUAAGUUGUUGAAGCAGCAGAGGGGGAUUGGGUGGAAGUAGACCUUUCUUUACUGGAGGGACUGAGCAAGAGAUGGAGAUGAGAUAUGAUGUGACCAUGAUACCACGCAUGACAUGAAAUGUACAGACGAUCGUUUAGAAAGCGUUUGAAGUUUCGAUUUACGUACUCAACGGCAGUCUAUGAAACCCGGAGCUGCCGUAGUGAGCUACAGCACUACGUGUCACGUCCACC